AGAAUAGGAAGGAGGUUCGCUUGCUUUGCGCAGAGGCUGAGCCACAGAAGAAAGCAAAACCAAUGUGAUUUAUUGAAUGAGAGCUCUGGACAAUUACCAACAACUUGUUCCUCUGCUGCCUCAAACAACCUAAAGUGGAACUUCUGUGUGAAAAUGACCCAACAAAUGCAGAAUUUACAUCUUUCUCAGUCAAAAAAACAUAGCACUCCAUCUUCUCCCAAUGCUGCCAAGCGCCUGUACAGGAACCUUUCUGAGAAGCUGAAGGGGAGCCAUUCUUCAUUUGAUGAGGCCUAUUUUAGAACAAGAACUGAACGGCUAAGUCUCAGAAAGACCUCAAUGAACUUCCAGGGCAAUGAAGCCAUGUUUGAAGCAGUUGAACAGCAGGACAUGGAUGCUGUUCGGAUCCUUCUAUGUCAAUACACACCAGAAGAACUAGAUCUCAAUACACCAAAUAGUGAGGGGUUGACACCCUUGGAUAUUGCCAUCAUGACAAACAAUGUGCCCAUUGCUAAGAUUCUUUUGAGAACAGGGGCCCGAGAAAGUCCACACUAUAAAAAUGAUAAUAACAAUAGAAUAGUUACUAAAUUACAAAAUGGUAUAUCAUGUAGUGAUGAACAAAUAAGUGUACCUUUUCUUUCAGGAGCCCCUGAGGUGCCAACCAAUGCGUGUCUCAUGGUAACCAGCAGCACAUCACUCACUGUCAGCUUCCAAGAGCCUCUUAGUGUCAACGCAGCUGUAGUCACCAGAUAUAAAGUGGAAUGGAGCAUGUCUAAAGACUUUUGUCCUUUGGCUGGAGAAAUCAUUAUGGAAAAUCUGCAGACCCUAAGAUACACAAUCACAGGACUCACCAUGGGUCAACAGUAUUUUGUUCAAGUCACUGCUUAUAACAUGAAAGGAUGGGGACCUGCUCAGACCACAACACCAGCUUGGGCUUCUCCUUCCAACUGGAAAGACUAUGACGACAGAGAACCCAGACACAAGGGACAGAGUGAAGUUUUGGAAGGUCUGCUGCAGCAGGUCCGAACCCUUCAUCAGCAUUAUAGUUGCCGGGAAGGUUCAAAACUACAAACCACCGGCCGCAAGCAGUCAGUCUCAAGAAGCCUAAAACACUUAUUCCACUCCUCAAGCAAAUUUGUAAAGACCUUAAAAAGGGGACUCUACAUAGCUGUUAUAUUUUAUUAUAAAGAUAAUAUGUUAGUCACCAAUGAAGAUCAAAUACCAAUUGUUGAAAUAGAUGACUGCCACACCAGUUCCAUUACACAAGAUUUUCUGUGGUUCACAAAGCUGUCUUGUAUGUGGGAAGAUAUAAGGUGGUUGAGGCAAAGUGUACCUAUCUCCAUGUCCUCAUCCACAGUACUGCAAAUGCGACAGAAAAUGCUUGCUGCAACAACACAGCUACAGAAUCUACUUGGGACCCACAACUUGGGGAGAGUUCACUAUGAGCCCAUUAAAGAUCGGCAUGGAAAUAUCCUCAUAGUCACCAUCAGAGAGGUGGAGAUGCUCUAUUCAUUUUUUAAUGGAAAAUGGAUGCAGAUCUCAAAGCUACAAAGUCAGAGGAAGUCUCUGUCAACACCUGAAGAGCCAACAGCCUUAGACAUUUUACUGAUAACCAUCCAGGAUAUUCUUGCCUAUCAUAAAAGGAGUCAUCAGCGUCUCUCUCCUGGAUUGUAUCUGGGUUACCUAAAGCUGUGUAGCUCUGUGGAUCAGAUCAAAGUUCUUGUUACCCAGAAGUUGCCCAACAUUCUUUGCCAUGUGAAGAUCCGUGAAAACUAUAACAUUUCCAAAGAGGAGUGGGAAUGGAUCCAAAAGCUUUCUGGCUCUGAAUCUAUGGAAAGUGUGGAUCAUACUUCUGACUGCCCCAUGCAAUUGUUCUUCUAUGAGCUCCAGAUGGCAGUGAAAGCUCUCCUUAAGCAAAUCAAUAUACCUCUAAAUCAGGCAAGGAACUUCCGCCUCUACACACAGGAGGUGUUGGAAAUGGGUCACAAUGUGUCCUUUCUUCUCCUGCUCCCUGCCUCAGACGACGUCUGUACAGCCCCAGGACAGAAUAAUCCUUACACCCCACACUCAGGGUUUCUUAACCUCCCUCUUCAGAUGUUUGAACUUGUUCAUUUUUGCAGCUACAGGGAGAAAUUUAUUAGUCUGUAUUGCCGCCUUUCUGCUGUUGUGGAGUUGGAUUCUCUGAAUACUCAACAGUCCCUGAGGGAAGCAAUCUCAGACAGCGAGGUUGCAGCUGCCAAACAAAGACAUCAGCAAAUUUUAGAUUUCAUUCAGCAAAUAGAUGAAGUUUGGCGUGAAAUGAGAUGGAUCAUGGAUGCUCUACAGUAUGCAAGAUACAAACAACCAGUUGCUGGCUUACCCAUUAUGAAGCUGAUAGAUGCCUCAGAUGAGCAGAACCUAAAGAAGAUCAACUCGACAUCAUCACAUAUAGACUGUCUUCCAUCACCAUCCCCAUCCCCUGAGAUGCAUAGAAGAAAAGCAGUGAGUGAUUCACAGCCCUGUUCUGAUGAAGAAGGCUGCUCCGAAGUCUUCCUCCCCACGGACAGUGACUACGACUCCAGCGACGCCCUGAGCCCCCGAGACCUGGACCUGGUCUACUUGUCAUCACAUGACAUCUCCCAGCAGGCCCUGAGCGGCUUAAGUGGCAGCGCCCCCGAUGUCCUGCAAGUGCACGACAUGAAGGCUCCCUCGGGGGCAGGCCAAGACCACCCAGGGCAAGGGCCAGACCCCGAGCACUCCUGUGCCGAGUUCCUGCACGGCUUGACCCUCACAGGCUUGACACCUAAGAACCACGCCAAGAUGGCUCCGGGCGCGCGGCCGCCGCUGGGCUUUCUGGGAAAGCGGAAGCCAGCUAAGCACCUGCACUACGGCGGCUUCAGCCGCCACCACCGCUGGCUGCGCAUGCACAGUGAGACGCAGUCACAGUCACUGUCACUGUCCGAGGGCGUUUACACGCAGCACUUGUCCCGGGCUUGUGGUCUAACCCAGAAGCCAGAGAAGGCAGAACGGCUUGGACUCUCUGCAGAUGCACCCCAGGGCCUGUCUCUUGCCCACUCUGCCAGCCUUCCUGAGGAGCGGAAGAGCAGUGUCCAGGACCGCAGGUCUUCAGUACGCCACAUCUAUGUAGAGCCCUACUGCGAAGCUAUGGUGGACUCAAAGCCUUGGGCAGGUUUGAGUCCAACCCCUGGAGUUCAUAAGGGCCUGUCCAGCCCCCUGGGUCCAGAGAUGCACCCUGAAAGCCCGACCUCCUCCCAGGUCUCAGAAAUACUCAGUAGCAUGCUUUAGGGAGGUCCUGACAACUACUGCCCACAGUUGCACUUCAAAUCCCUGCAUUUCCCCUUCUCCGAACCCUGGCCUGUCCCCACUGUGUCCCUAUCCAUUUGCAAAUGAUUUGAACGUUAAGAGUGCACAGGUUACAGCUCUAGGUCCUCUUUUAUAGAGCUGUCAUUUUAUAAAAGGACACUAGAGCAGUGAUAUCAUCCAUUCAGCCUGCAAAGGGCAUACAAAGGAGUCAACAUUGGGCCCUGGACACUAUGGUUCAAGCAUGCCCAAACCAAACACCAAACACAAGUGUUGACACUAAGGUGACUAAGGUGGGGCAGCCCAAAGAGUCACCCACAGUUCUGCAAGUGAUUCUGUGAUCUCAUUCUAAGUUUGGGGCUCUGAUAAGUUUGCAGCUGAUGGGGACAAGUUCUCUAGAUGAAAGUGAAAUUAGCAGUUUUCCUCUAUUUCAAACUUCCAGAAGAGUUUAGGGAAAAGAGGUCUGUUUAGGUUUUUCUCUAGAGUGCAGGAUUGUUGAUGGCUCAGCAAAUCCAAUUUAGACAUCAGCACUAAUCUUUUUAAGUAAGACUUGCACAAGCUUUUUUUGGGGGGGAGGGUAAUUAGUAGGCACCUAGCAGACACUUCUAACUCUGCCUCAGAAAAAUAAAAUAGUGCAGAAUUCAGCCCUGUCUAUAAACUCAGUUUCCAUUCAGGCAUGAUGGUGGGGUUAUAAAUUAUACCCCGGUACAAGGAGAUAAAUGAAUUAAAAGAAAACCUCGACUGUAGAUAAAAUAAAGAUAGAUAAAAUAAAUAUAGAUAAAAAGCAGGGAGACAUGAGCAAAAACAUGUUUUAUAGUACUAAAAGUACUAAAUUUGUGAUCUCUGAAAAUGAUAGUGGAUCUCUUCCAGAGAAUGUCUUGUCACUGCUUCCAGCGUUGUAUACAAAAAAUAUCUGAAAAUCCUGAUUUGGUCUCACUGUCUCCUACCUGCUUUCUCACAAAUGAGAAAGUCAAAUCAAAGAAAAAAAAAAUCACACUACAUCUUCAAAAAGGGCAUGCAUCACCUCUCUUUUCCUAAAUCAAAGCCCAUUCAGUUCACUAAUAUUUUUUUUCUGCUUUAUUGUCAUUUUGGUUAAAUAUUGGUCUUUAUAACCCUAUCCUGUCCUC